AUGCCUGUCGCUCAACGCCAAUUCCGCAUUCCCGACCUCAUUUCUAUGUCAUCUGCCUUCCCAGAUGCGCUCAACCCCCACUGGAAACGCGCCUCUGAAGAGUCGAGGGCAUGGGUCAACAGCUACGACGUCUUCUCUGACCGCCGUCGUGCCUUCUUCAUCCAAGGGCAGAGCGAGCUCCUCGCUUCCCACACAUGGCCAUACGCCGGCUACGAGGAGUACCGCACCUGCUGCGACUUCGUCAACCUUCUUUUCGUCAUUGACGAGAUCAGCGACCUCCAGGGCCCUGACGGCGCACGCCAGACGGGUCAGAUCUUCAUUAACGUCCUUAAUGACCCCAAUUGGGACGAUGGCUCGAAAGUCGCUAAGCUUACCAAAGAUGUUAGGAAUCGCUUGACCUCUACGGGGAUAAUGCCAAAUAGCUACCGCCGUUUCGUGAAGUACGCUACCGACUACAUUGCGUCAGUCGUCGAGGAGGCUGGGCUCCGGGAGCGUGACGAGGUCCUCGACAUAAAGUCCUACGAAGAUCUCCGUCGUAACAACAGCGCAGUACUCACCUGUUUCGCCUUGAUCCCCUACUGCCUUCACAUCGACCUGCCCGACGAAGUCGUCGAGGACCCUGUCUUCGAACGCAUCAACUUUGCCGGUGUUGAUAUGGUCUGCUGGUCUAACGACCUCUACUCCUACAACAUGGAGCAGGCCAAAGGUCUCGAGGGCAACAACAUCAUCACCGUCCUCACCAAGACUCACGGACUUACCCUCCAGGCUGCCAGCGACCACGUCGGAGAGCAGUACAAGCAGUUUAUGGAUGGUUUCGUUGCCGACAAAGCCAAGAUGAGGUCGUUUGGUUCGGCCAAGGUCGAUGCCGACGCCCACCUGUACAUCUCCAGCAUGGCACACUGGUGCAUCGGUAAUCUCGUCUGGAGUUUCGAGACUCCUCGCUACUUUGGGUCGAGGAGAGAGCAGGUCAAGGAGACUGGUAUCGUGGUGUUGAAGCCUCGUGAGGAAGAUGACGAACUUUAA